CUUGCUGCAAGUAAUACUGUUCACUUUCAUUUUUCAAAUAUCUCGCAUAUAAUAAUACAGUGUUCAAUUUAAUGCGGUAAUAAUAAGUACGUUACACCUGUGCAAUAAGAAAUUUAAAAAAAAACGUGUUUAUUUAAUUUGUUUAAAUUUGUGAGAUAAAUGUGGUUUUUUGGAUUAAUUUAAAACGAUGAAGAUUCAAAAAGAUUUUUAUUACAAUUAUUAUUAUCUUGUAAAUUUAUUUGUAAUAAUAUUUACAAUCGUAACAAUUGGAAAUUGUGAAGAAAAAUGGAAAUGGCAAUCAAAUUCACGACGGUCUGGAGGAAGUGCAGCAGAAUUACGUCAACCUGGAUUCAAGCCACAAUAUGAUUAUUUACAACACCGUCCAGGAGGUCGUCCACAUUAUGAAGUAUCUGAAAUUCAAGAUGGUUUACCAUCUCGCCCAUUCUUAAAACCUCAAGAUUUUCGUCCACCAGCAGAUUAUAGGCCGGACUACGAAGAACAACGUCCACCCUACAAUGAAUAUCCACCAUUGAAUAACAGACCUAAUAGACCGUACAGACCAAAUAGACCACCUGCACGUCCUAAUCCAGCAUUCACAGGUGAUGAAUAUCCACCAAAUAAUGGUGGUGGAACACAAGAUGUUCUUACUGGACCCGUUCCGUCAUGGGAUCAAAAUAAAGAACCAGUUAUCAAGAAUUACGACCGUUGCAAGUGUGCCGCCAAAUUUAAUUGCAAUACACCUGGAAUUUCAUUCGGUCAUUGUGAUGUUGGAAAACAAUACUGCUGUUAUAACAGUAAAGGCGAUGCUCUCGAUGGAAUAGAUAUUCCAAAUCGCCCAAAUCAUCGUCCUCAAAACAACAACGAUCGUGAUCCCGGUAUAUUAGUUGGGCCAGGCGGGCCAACGGGUAUAAUUGGACGACCUCCACAAAAUAACGGACCAAAUGGUAUUAUUGGACGACCUCCUCAAAAUAAUAACCAUCACAACGACUAUCGUCCACCACAUCAAAAUGAAGAUAAUCCGGGUAUCUUAGUUGGACCUGGAGGUCCGACUGGUAUUAUUGGACGUCCACCAAAACAUCAACGUCCAUUACCAUAUCCUGGUGGUCCAAAUACACCAUUACAUUCAGCGGAAAAUGGUAUUUUAGUGGGUCCAGGUGGACCUUUUGAUCAUCACGAACAACAGAAUAAUGGUCCAUAUCAACAACGACCGUAUAGAGAAACAAAAACGAAUUAGUUUUAAAUUCUUAAGUCUAAUAUUUUUUAUUACUAGUCCAAUAAAACGAUCCUUUAAUUCGUAGUAUGAUCUAAGCGACUGAAUUUUUGAUUCAAGUUAUCAGUUUUCUACCCUUUGCAAGUAAAAUUAAAAACCAGUAGUUUCUUCAAACCAGAAAAUUCAAAGUUUCUUUUAGAAUUGCUCGAAAACAGUAACAGUUGGAAAAGGUUUCAAAAAAUAGUUUUAAAAAAACCUAAUAUAAAACUUUUCAUACAUAUUCAAAAAUUUGCAAAAAACCUUUUAGUCUAUUUUAAUUCUAAAUCAUGCCGAAGGUAAAAUAAUUGUUCAGGAUUACACAAAAUGUCGAUUUUAUUUCAAUAGCUUUAUUUUAUUGGACUAUUAUUUAAUGUUUUUGCUAUUAAUUUUAAGUCAUAAUCUAAACGUAAUUUACUCCAGUGGCGGGUAAAUAGAAAAAUUUUAAUUUAUUAUUUGUAAAAUACUUUAUUAAAGCUAGAGGUGACACAGGCGUGAUAAAGAAUUUUAUUCGACUACGAAGAUUUUUCUACAGUGGCUGCCAUUAUAUAAAAUCUUUUGAAAAUUAAAUUCUACGACUUUGUUGAAAUUAUACAGACUAGAAAGGUUCAAUUGUUGUGAAAAAGUUCAUUCAUGGAGACGUUUAUUGAAGAAUGCAAAACCAAUAUAAGUUCAACAUUGACCAAGGAC